AGCUGUAACGGCACAGGAGUUAUUGUUGGGACUGAGAAUGGAAACGUAACUCUGCAGAUAAAUAAACCUGAAAUGAAAGAGAUUUCGUGGCUCUAUGAACAAGCGAUCAUUGUUACGACACAACAAAAUGGUUCCCUUACUGUACGAAGCCCUCGGUUUAGACAAAGAGUCUACAGUGGAUCUGCCGGUUCUCUGAUCAUUACUGAACUAACAAAGAAAGAUCAAGGAACCUACUCGGCAAAUGUGGAAGGAAGAUGUACAGAUUUUUAUCUCCAAGUCUUCAAACCGUUGUCUGCUGAAGAUAUUCAGAUCCAUCACAGAAUCAUUAACAUGGAGAACUGCAGCCUCACUCUGUCCUGCAAUGUAACCGGACCAGAAACAAGAAGUUUCUGGGAAAACAGAGAAGCAAGUGAUGGAAUAAAGGGAAACAUUACUCUGCAUGUGAUUUAUACUAACGCCAGCUCGAAAUACACUUGUACUGCACAGAAUCAGAUCAGCAGGGUCUCAAGAUCAGUCAUCCCAUGGACACUGUGCAGAGAAGUUUCAGAAUCAAAUGAGACCAGACCAGAAACUCAGUAUAUCAGAGCUACACUUGUUGUUUUUGUGCCCUGUUUUAUCAUCAUUUCAGCCAUCAUUUCUGUAUAUGUGUGGGCGAGACACAGACACCAGCUGGGUAAGUCUUUCUUGUGGUCUACAAGUCCAGUAAGUGAUGAGAACUCAAUUCUAAUAUAGAAAGUGAACCAAUAAGCCUACACGUUGUGAAUCUGGCACAUGAAUAUACUGUAUGCAGUGAGCAGUGCAUCUGUCCAUAUGACGUUAG